AUGGGCGGCGUUCGCAGUAUGCGAACGUUCACGCGCUCCUCUUUUGAGAUUUGCUUAGAAGACCACAUAUACCCGUUGAAAGGUUGCGCGUUGUAUAUGUUGGAUAUGGUGGCUGUUCGCGCCACGCAAGAUGAAGAUGCCAAUGCGACGAAGGAAGAUGAUGCAACGCCGUUGCCCACUUAUGCGCUAUGGAAAGAACUUCCUGGUCAUCUGGAAUCGAUCUCCUGCGUCAAGUUUAGCCCCGACGGGACAUUGAUGGCUUCUGCUUCGCCGGAUAAAACGCUGCGCGUUUGGUCUGUUGGAGGUGGUCAGCUGGUCGCGACGAUGGCCGGUCAUUCGCUUGGCAUCAAUGACCUGUCGUGGAGCAACGACAGCAGAUUUAUCUGCACGGCCAGCGACGACAAAACGAUCAAGAUGUGGGACUGGGCAUCGAAAACUGCGAUCAAGACCUUCAGAGGACACAAGAACUACGUUUUCUGCUGCUCCUAUAGCCCGGAUAACAACCUGAUCGCGUCUGGUUCGUUCGACGAGACAGUCCGGCUCUGGGAUUCGAGGGGCGGUAAAGCGGUGGCGAUCUUUCCGGCCCAUGCCGACCCUAUCUCUGCUAUAUCAUUUAAUCGGGCCGGCAACCUCAUUGCUUCAUCAAGCUACGAUGGUCUGAUCCGCGUUUGGGACAUCGCCAUGCGUCAAUGUGUCAAAACGAUAGUUGAUGAUGAAAACCCACCGGUGUCCUUCGUCCGCUUUUCUUCCAACGGUAAAUAUCUCCUCUCUGCUUCCCUCAACAGUGCACUGAAAAUAUGGGAAUUGAAUGACAACAGACCCAAGAAGUUCUACAAGGGCCAUAAGCACGAGGCGUUCUGCAUUAGCGCCAAUUUCUCAGCGAAAGGCAAGUGGGUUAUCACCGGUUCGGAAGAUGGGCACGUGCUUGUUUGGGAUCUUCAAUCAACCACCAUUUUGCAACGUUUCAAGGCACAUGACGGCGUCGUGUUGGCCAUUGAUUGUCACCCCACGGAGCCUCUCAUCGUCACCUCUUCACCAUCUAGUGGCACGAUAAAGCUAUGGAAAUCCGGCCCA